GCGUCGCCGUCCAGAGAUUCCUUGCCACCUGACCAUCAUCUCCGACAAGGCCCAAAGAUGCUCCCUUUCCAGCAGGGUGAGGACAUCGAAAACUUUCUUGUCCGCUUCGAGCGCAUCGCUCGCACCUGGGGCUGGCCUCAGUCUGACUGGGCCUGCCGACUUGUUCCACUCUUGACCGGCAAAGCUCUGGAUGCCUAUUCUGCGAUGGAGGAAGAUGCUUCCAACGUCUAUACUGACCUUAAAGAAGCCCUCCUUGCUAAGUUUGAUAUCUCUCCUGAGACUUAUAGACUCCAGUUCCGGUCAACCUACAUUCCCCCUGGUGAAUCUCCCAAGGAGACUUACAACAGACUCAAAGGUCUCUACAGAAGAUGGAUCAAGCCAGAGCAGCAUUCCAAAGAAGACAUUGCAGAGCUCUUCAUUCUGGAGCAAAUGCUUCGCAUGCUGCCCAACGAAAUGAAGACUUGGGUGAAGGAACAUGAGCCAGAAGACGGACUUACUGUUGCUAAACUUGCAGGCCAGUACUUGAAUGCUCGUAAAGGACUCCGAAUGCCAAGGCAGCAGAACAACCGUGUAGCAGCCCAAGGUGCAGCCGACCUGUCACACCAAAGAGGUGUGCAGAAAGCAGGUGGUUAUAGCACCUCAGGGGACAACAGACUGCUCCCGAGACAGAGUCCAGUGAAGGAUCUCAUCUGCUACCACUGCCAACAGCCAGGGCAUCGAGCCCCAGUCUGCCCCUUGAAAGGUCCCAAGCUGUCCAGCUUCUGUCAUGUUCCCCAUCCAUCUGUCCCAGCUUCAGUCAUGGCACCUGCUCUUGCACCCAAUUCUGAACCUGAGGCCAAACCUAUCAUGGUGCCAGCUUGUGUUAAUGGCCGUCCAGUGCAAGCAUUGUUGGACACAGGUAGCUCCAUGACACUGUUGAACCAUUCUUUUGUGUCACUUGGUAAUCUUGACUAUCAGCAUGCCACAGCCAUUCAAUGUGUCCAUGGUGAUCAAAGAAUAUAUCCCGUGGCUGAUGUGACCAUCGUCAUCGAUGACCAGGCUUUCUUGCUCCGUGUGGGGGUUCUUGAUCACAUGCCCCAUGACAUGAUCUUGGGCAGAGACUUGCCUAUUCAUGUUGUAUGUAUGCAUGUGUGA